AUGUCUACAAACUUGUACUUUGCGUACUCCAUCAAAAAGGAGUAUAAGCUGCCGCCCUUGGCGCUAAACGGGUCCAGCAGCAGCUCUGUUUCUGACCUGGGGAAGGAACGGAAGAAGUACCUUCGUGCUUGUGAUGCUUGUGCUAUUCGGAAGACAAAAUGUGAAGAAACUCGGCCGUGUCGAAACUGCCGAAACAACGGGCUUGAAUGUACUGAGCUCAGAGAACGCAAGAAGAUGGGACCGAAGAAGUUGAGGAAGCUGACCAUGGAGUCUAUCCAGUCGUUGGAGAAGAGUGCCAAGGAGCUGGGACUGGAUGUGCCUGUUUUGGCAGCUACGGCUGACCUUCUAGCAGAUACACCGACGCUUGAACUUACGGCUCGUGCGUUGGUGCCGUUGACGGUGCUGUCUUCAUCGUUGUGUUUACCUGAGAUGCUCAUCUACUUACGUAACUCGGCUCCUCAUAAGCCUGACACUUUGGAGACCCAGGCAAGCGAUGCUGCGUUGGCGUCGUUGGCCCUUUUGCUAUUGGCGGCGCUUCUGGCGACGGAAAUGACCUGUGGAGCUGAAAUUGACACUCAUAUUCAGUUGAUGGUGGACCAUGUGGCUCUGGUCUACGCUGACGUCUCUCGCCGGCUGUUUCUUCUGCUGGACCAGACGACAACCUCAGCUACGCAUUAUAAUUUGGCCUUGGCUGAGCUACAUAUGUAUGGGUACUUUAUGUUCAAGGGUAGUGCUUUCUGCGUCAGACAGUUAGUGCACCUACGAGGAGCCAUAUCACAUUACCAGUUGAUUUCCAUGUCUCUGGAUUCGGAUAUUUCGGGGCUUUCCGAGCUACGGCGUACACUUUACUCGGCUGAGAGAAGCGCUUGUUUGUUUUCCACAGAAGAGGUGUUCAAAUCGACCUGUUUAAUCUCUUCUGGCCCUUCCUCGCCCUUCUAUUCCGAUCCGCUGCUUAAGAAACUUGUUUUGGACUGUGGCCAUGAUAUUUUUAAGGUUUUGGAAGAACAUGGCGUUUUCACACGCAGCACAAGUCUUCCUAAUCUCUUCUUAUGGCGGUAUGUUACCUUCCAGAGCCAAACUGGUGUCUACGGAAGCAUCAAGAUGAACGCUCAGGAUGUCAGUCUGAGUAAAUGCCAACAAGCAGGCUCUCCAGCGCCACAAAGCUCUUUCGUCCAGCUUUUGGUCACUUUCAUCUCCUUCAAGGUGCUUCUUCUAUACUCUGGCGAGUACACUCAAACCACAGUGAGCAACGAGCUUCUCGAGUUCAUUUCCAGAGCCAACGCUGCUCUUUCGGUCGCCAAAACCGAUCCCCUUUUCCCAAUCUACCUCACGGUAUUUUCCCUAGUCCCCCACUUUUUGGAUCUUUUACGAUGCUACUUUGAAUCAGUCAACAACUCUCCUCCUCCAGAAGCCCACGAGCGUCUCAAAGAGUACACCCUUCUAAUUCUCCCAUUGUGCAACAAAAACGCAUUCAUGGGCGUGGCUAAAUUGGACCCCGUGUUAUCUGAUUGGUUCGCCAGAGAAUCUGGCGAUUUCUGGGUUGAGCCUAGUACUUCAGCUAGUCCUUGUGUUGUAUCUAAUUAG